AUGGGAAACUUUUUCCAUGGGACAGACUUUAAUGUGUUGGUUGUUGGACUCAAUAGUGCUGGCAAGUCGACAAUUAUAAACAAGUUAAAACCAGAAAUAUGUCAGCAAAAAUCGAUAAAUCCUACAAAUGGCUUUGAAACACCUUGGAUUCCAUUCAAAAACUACUGCCUAAAGUUUAAGGAUAUGGCAGGGUCAAGUAAUUUCCGCCCAUUAUGGCAAAAUCACGCAGACAAUCUCGAUGGUAUCAUAUUCGUUGUAGAUUCAAGUGAUCAAACACGAUUUUCUACUGCAAAAGAAGAACUUCAUGCAUUACUAGCUCUUGGUCCAAUCCAAUCAAAACCAAUUCCGAUUUUAAUUCUUGCUAAUAAAAAUGACCUUGAAGAAAGCGCACCGAAAGAGGUUAUUGAAAAAGCUCUUGAUCUCCAAUCUAUUGCAAACCAUGCAACAAACAUUUUAAGUGUAUGCGCUCAAUAUCCAAAGGAAAUAUUCUUAGGUUUAGAAUGGCUUAUCAUGAGAAAAGCUAACUAA